AAAAAAAAGAAAAGAAAAGAAAAGAAAAUCUCACUUUCUUUCUUUUUGUGAAUUAUUAGAAAAGGGUAUUUCUGCAAAAAAUGGCUUCAUUCUGUCCUAAAUUUUUUGCUCCAUAAAAUCGCCUGAACUCUGAAAUGCGAGGAAAAAAAAAGUCAUUAGAAAACAAAAGAAAGGGAAAAAUUUGCUAAAACCUUCUCUCUCUCUCUCUCUCUCUCUCUCUCAAAAAAAAAAAAAAAAAAAAUUCUGACACUUUUCUCUCUCUUAGUCCCCCUCCUCUCUCUGUCUCUCUCUCCAAAGUGUUUCUUUACUUUUUCUCUUGGUAUAAAAAAGACAGCGAAAAAUAAUGGCGGUUGUGUCUUGAUUGAUUGGAGCAGAGAGAGAGAGAGAGAGAAAGGGCAAAGGCCAUAGUAGUAAGCAAAAAGCCACGAAGCAGUGCAGUAGUGCACCACCAUCACCGCUACUACCACUAGCAGAGACCUAGCGAUCCUCCAUUUCCAUUACUGGAAAUAAAGCCCAAAAAACAGACCCAGCUUUGGUUUCUGUAUUUUCCUAUGUUUUCUGUGUGAACACCAUUUAUGUAUAUGUAAUCAUGAAUAAACUUCAGUUUGCUAUGAGAAUGCAUAUGCAGAGUACUUGAAUCUUGCUCUGCUUGGUCUGCUUUGGUAUUGAGAUCUGGUCCUUUCUGCGGUUCCACGGUGGCGCCAGCUUUGGUGUUCUGAAACUGAGAUCUGGUUAUUCUUGUGCAUUUUCGGGUCUUUUUGGUUCUUGGGUAUUGUUUGGUUUUCUCAAUAAAAGCUCGGUUUUUGAGAUUUUGGGCUAAUUGGAUGGUUGAAGCUGCUUGUGGGAAGCUGUAAACGCUGAGAAUCUCGAGGGUUUAUUGGCAGGGGUGGAGCAACUGAGCUGGGUUUCCUAGCUGAAAUGUUCAUGUUGGUGUAUUGAAGAUUAUGGUAUGAUGAACUUUAUUGGAGAUUGGAGCUUCUGGGGGUCGUGGGUGAGGGUAAUCACAAGCGGAUGAGGCUAAAAUCAAUCGUUUUUUGCAGCAAAACCGGUUUCGGUUGAAUAUCUUAGGGUGAGGUUUAUUGUGGGUUUGCUGGGUUAUCUGCAAAUGAAGUUUCAUACUCUUUAGUUUGCUAAAGCAGUACGUGAAGUGCGUUGGAAUCUGAAUGGCUUUUUGUUGGUGAGAUAUGGGAUUGUUCAGUGAGAAGAAGUUGAAAAAAUAAUUGCUUUUUUAGUGGUUUGGUGAAUUAGGGUGCUUAAUUGUUGUGCUUCAUAGUAGAAGCGUUGGAUCAUUGAUUUACAAAUAUUGAUUUACAUCCUUGCGAAAUGAGGCUCUCGUCAGCUGGUUUUAGCCCUCAGCCCCCAGAAGGGGAGAAGAGGGUGUUGAAUUCUGAACUUUGGCACGCCUGUGCGGGUCCUCUUGUUUCUCUACCGGCUGUGGGAAGCCGUGUUGUUUAUUUUCCACAAGGUCAUAGUGAACAGGUUGCUGCAUCAACCAACAAGGAAGUCGAUGCACAUAUCCCUAACUACCCCAGCUUACCUCCACAGCUUAUCUGUCAACUUCACAAUGUGACAAUGCAUGCGGAUAUUGAGACAGAUGAAGUAUAUGCACAGAUGACAUUGCAACCACUGAAUCCGCAAGAGCAAAAGGAUGCCUACCUUCCAGCAGAGUUGGGAACUCCAAGUAAGCAGCCAACAAAUUAUUUUUGUAAAACCUUGACAGCCAGUGACACAAGUACUCAUGGAGGAUUCUCUGUUCCUCGCCGGGCAGCUGAAAAAGUGUUCCCGCCUCUGGACUUCUCCCUGCAGCCACCAGCGCAAGAGUUAAUUGCCAGGGAUCUGCAUGAUAAUGAAUGGAAGUUUAGACAUAUAUUUCGAGGCCAGCCCAAAAGGCACCUCCUUACCACUGGAUGGAGUGUGUUUGUGAGUGCUAAAAGACUUGUAGCUGGUGAUUCUGUGCUUUUCAUCUGGAAUGAAAAGAAUCAGUUACUUCUUGGUAUUCGACGAGCAAAUCGACCGCAAACUGUGAUGCCUUCAUCAGUUUUAUCUAGCGAUAGCAUGCACUUGGGGCUUCUUGCUGCUGCUGCUCAUGCUGCUGCAACGAACAGUCGUUUUACCAUAUUUUAUAACCCUAGGGCUAGCCCAUCAGAAUUUGUCAUUCCACUGGCAAAGUACAUUAAAGCAGUUUAUCAUACCCGUGUCUCUGUUGGCAUGCGCUUUAGAAUGCUGUUUGAAACAGAGGAAUCAAGUGUUCGUCGUUACAUGGGCACGAUAACUGGCAUAAGUGACCUAGACCCUGUUCGUUGGCCUAAUUCACAUUGGCGCUCAGUCAAGGUGGGGUGGGAUGAAUCCACUGCAGGAGAUAGGCAACCGAGAGUCUCACUUUGGGAGAUUGAACCAUUAACGACAUUUCCAAUGUAUUCAUCUCCAUUUCCCCUUAGACUUAAGCGACCUUGGCCACCUGGACUACCUGCUUUCCAUGGCAUCAAGGAGGAUGAUCUUGGCAUGAAUUCUCCACUUGUGUGGCUUCGAGGUGAUAAUGGAGAUCGUGGAAUUCAGUCUCUUAACUUCCAGGGAAUCGGAGUCACACCAUGGAUGCAGCCAAGGCUUGAUGCUACUAUGCUUGGUCUGCAAACAGAUAUGUAUCAAGCUAUGGCUGCUGCUGCACUUCAAGAUAUGAGGGUUGUGGAUCCUUCCAAAGCACUACCUACAUCUCUUCUGCCAUUCCAACAACCCCAAAAUCUUCCUAACAGGUCUGCUUCUUUGAUGCAGCCCCCAAUGUUGCAACAGUCUCAGCCUCAACAACCCUUUCUUCAAGGUUUGCAAGAAAACCAGCAUCAAUCACAUUCUCAACCUCAAACUCAACCCCACCUUCUUCAGCAACAAUUGCAGCAUCAGCACUCAUUUGGUAAUCAGCAACAGCAACAGCAGCAGCAGCAUCAACAGCAACAACCACAACCACAAUCACAACCACAACAACAGGCUGAUCAUCAGCAGAUUCCAAGUGCUGUCUCUGCUAUUUCCCAGUUCACUACCACAUCUCAACCCCAGUCACCAUCUCUGCAAGCCAUUUCUUCACUAUGCCAUCAACAAAGUUUCUCCGAUUCAAACGGGAAUGCUGUAACCAGUACCAUUGUUUCUCCCUUGCACAGUAUUUUGGGUUCAUUUCCGCAGGAUGAGUCAUCCCACCUGCUCAACCUGCCAAGAAACAAUGCAUUAUCUUCUGUCUGGCCAUCAAAACGAGCUGCGGUUGAACCUCUUUAUUCUUCAGGAGCUCCUCAGUGUGUCCUUCCCCAGGUGGAACAGUUGGGGCCACCUCAGACUAAUCUCUCACAAAACUCUGUGUCAUUGCCACCCUUUCCUGGCAGGGAAUGCCCAAUAGACCAAGAAGGGAAUAGUGAUCCUCAAAGCCAUCUUUUAUUUGGCGUUAAUAUAGAGGCCUCAUCUCUUAUCAUGCAGAAUGGAAUGUCAAAUCUUAGGGGAGUUGGCAGUGAUAGUGACACCACAACUAUACCUUUUCCUUCUUCUAAUUAUAUGAGUUCUACAGGAUCUGAUUUUUCACUUAAUCCUGUGAUGACACCUUCUAGUUGCGUUGAUGACUCGGGUUUCCUGCAGUCUCCAGAAAAUGUAGGCCAAGGAAACACACCUACCAGAACCUUUGUUAAGGUUUAUAAGUCAGGGUCCUUUGGAAGGUCAUUAGAUAUCACAAAAUUUAGCAGCUACCAUGAGCUGCGAAGUGAACUUGCUCGCAUGUUUGGGCUUGAAGGCGAGUUAGAGGACCCUCUGAGAUCAGGCUGGCAGCUUGUAUUUGUCGACCGGGAGAAUGAUGUUCUUCUCCUUGGAGAUGACCCCUGGCCGGAGUUCGUAAGUAGUGUAUGGUGUAUUAAAAUACUUUCACCACAAGAAGUCCAACAGAUGGGCAAACGAGGCCUUGAACUUCUUAACUCGGUCCCAAUUCAGAGGCUCUCCAAUAAUAGUUGUGAUGAUUACGGAAGCCGGCAGGAUUCGAGAAACUUGAACUCUGGGAUUACAUCUGUGGGGUCUCUUGACUACUGAACAACUUACCGGUUAAGAUACCAUUCUCUAUUCUGUAAUAAUAGCAUCUCUAGAGACCUUGUAGGGUGGGAAAACCUGCCCAGUUCUAGCUUAAGGCUUAUUUUAUAAGCUAAUACUGUAAUUAACAAUAUGCAUACAUAUUUUUUUGCUUAUUUUAUGCUGUUGGAAUUCAUAUUUUGAUAUAUAUAUAUAUAUAUAUAUUAGGAGAUCA